AUGGGCGAUAGGAUGGGUAACACAAUUUCAAGACCAUCGACUGAUACUCACAAAAUACUGGUAUUCAGUUGCAAUUGCUCUGAAUGUCACGAGGUGACCCUCCCGCUCCACUUCUUUAUGAACGUGUUCUCAAGGUCCCCUACUCCAGUGGUUGUAUCGGUCGCUUUCAAUGUAAAUGUUUUGAUUCUACAAGAGAUGAGGGAGAUGACACCGUCUUUGGCAGCACAAAUGUGGGCGCACUGCGCAGGCAGCUAA